AUUAAUGAUAAUUAUACAUUAAUAUCAGAUCUUCUUGUAUUUGAUGAUUUAAGUGAAUAUAUUAAUAGAAUAAAUUAUAGUGCAUUUAAUAAUUUAUCAAAUUGUUAUGAUAAUGAUAAUUUUAAUUUAACAAUUAAUGAUAGUUGUAUUGAUAAUAAUAAUCAAACUUUUAAUAAUAGUAAUAAUAAAAGUGAUGAUAAUAUUUUUAAUGAAUAUAAUUGGUGGGCACUUAUAUUUGUUAUUGUACCGUGUUUAACAUUAUUUGGUAAUGUUCUUGUUAUACUUGCUGUUGUAAAAGAACGAGCACUACAAACAGUUACUAAUUAUUUUAUUGUCAGUUUGGCACUUGCUGAUUUACUUGUUGCUGUUUUGGUUAUGCCUUUUGCUGUUUACGUGCUGGUAAAUGGAACAUGGUCAUUACCUGAAUUUGUUUGUGACUUUUACAUAGCAGUGGAUGUGACCUGCAGUACAAGUUCAAUAUUUAAUUUAGUCGCCAUCUCAAUUGACAGAUAUAUUGCAGUGACACAGCCAAUAAAAUAUGCAAAGCAUAAAAAUAAUACAAGAGUAUGGUUAACGAUACUACUUGUAUGGGCAAUAUCAGCAGCAAUUGGCAGUCCAAUAUUACUUGGUUUAAAUAAUACACCAGCACGUACACCAGAUGUAUGUGUUAUUUACAAUUCUGACUUUAUUAUUUACUCAAGUUUAUCAAGUUUUUAUAUUCCCUGCAUCAUUAUGGUUUUCUUAUACUACAGUAUUUUUGCGGCAUUGAGAAAUCGUGCUGCACGAGCUAAAGCAAAUCGUAAACCAAAUCUACGGGAAAUGAAACCAGGAAGUAUUAUCAGAAAAAUCGUUCAUACACAGGGUGUUUUUUCUGUUGCAAGGUUUGCAGAAACUACAUUGGGGACUGCCGCCCUCGCGGGGACGGUCCAAGAAGAGCCAACAAAUACAGCAUCUGGUAGUAAUGAAGAAGAUGAUGAUACACCACUUGAUCCAGUUGUUAUUAUAUCAAAUGAAAAAAGUACUGAAUUUUUUAUGGCAACAGUCGUUGAAGAAGCAGCUGUUGUUGCUCAAGCACAUUUGGGUGCUGCUAUGAUACAAGAUACUGGCUACAGUGAUGGUUGUGGUAGUAGUACAAUUGUUAAUGAACAAAUUGAAACAAUAACAAGUCAUAAUCAAACAAUGGCAACAGGACAGUCAUCAUCAUCAACAUCAUCACCACCAACUGGUUUACGUUCAUCAACAAUACAAACUAUUAAUAAUAAUAACAAUAAUAAUAAUAAUAAUAAUAUUAAUAAUAAAAAUAAUAAUAAUAAUAAAAAUGGUAAUGGACUUAAUAAAAAAUUAUCAUCUAAAAAAUUAAAAGUAACAAAUUCAUUAUUACCAGUUAUAAAUAUUAAAAAAAAUUCAAAUAUAUUAAAUUCUAAUAGUAAAAAAAAUAAUAAUAGUAAAAAAAUAAGUGAAAGUGGUAGUUCAAGAUUUACAAUAUAUAAAUCAAAUAAAAAUAGUAAAAAAAAACGUGAAAAAAGUUCAGCUAAAAAAGAACGUAAAGCAACAAAAACACUUGCAAUUGUACUUGGUGUUUUUCUCAUCUGUUGGUUACCAUUUUUUUCGUGCAAUGUUAUGGAUGCACUAUGUACAAAAUUAAAUAUGGAUUGUAAUCCAGGACUAUCAGCAUUCAUAAUAACAUCAUGGCUAGGAUAUAUGAAUAGUUUUGUUAAUCCAGUAAUUUAUACUGUAUUUAAUCCAGAAUUUAGAAAAGCAUUUAGAAAAUUAAUAAAAAUUUAGAAUUUAUUAAAAUUAUUAAUAAAUAAUAUAAAAAUACACAUGUCAAAUAAAAAACAACUGAAUUAAUAAUAUGGAAAUUUAAUGAAUAUGGAAAUUUAAUUUUCUUGACCUUGGAUAUUUUCAGUGUCAUAUUUAAAAUAUGAAAAUAUGUAUAUGUACAGUUUUAAUCAAUGUCUAAUAAGUGUGUAUAAAAAUGAUUUAAUCUCACGUGUAUACAAGCUAUUAUUCCAUCAUUUAGAAUAUCGGUUAAAAUUAAAAAAAAAAAAAAAUAGUUUGAUUAAAUCUCUAUACAUUCUUGUAAAUAAUAAUAAGUAAAUAAUUCAAUGUAUUAUUACAAAAAAACACGCCAUGCCAGUAUUAACAUAGACACAUUGAUAUAAAGUUUAAUUUAACAAAAGAAAAAAAACGAAAAAAAA